CCCUUCCUCCCUCUCUCCCUCAAGCUUCAAUGGUCUUCACUAGAUACUUGAACUAUGACGAGUUUACCUAGUCAUCCUCUCUCCCCCCUCCUUCCCCUCCUCCAGGUUGCUAUCCCAUGCAUUCGACCCAGACCUCGACAAGAGCUCUCCGAGAGAGUUCAUAGUCUACGCCUGUCCUCUCGGAACCCUAGGGAACCAGCUGGACGAGUACAUGGAGCAGACACUCUAUCGCAGCGGGAGAAAUGGAGCACACAAGUCGGACCCUCACGUCACUCUCUGCCAGUAUUUCCAGUGUGAUGAUUCGUUGGUUGCAUCAAUGAUCCACUGCCUGAAGACGAGUAUUGAGAACCUCCUGCCCAGUGCCCCCAAGGAUAUCAGACUCAAACGCUACGUUGCUCAGGGCUACAUUGGUCUAUUUCUAGAGGAGGAGGAGGCGAGCUGGCUGAGAGAAAUCAUGAAAAUCUUUACAUCUGAAGCCAAGAAGAUCGGACUCUAUCCUGGGAACUAUGUGGAGAAGGUCAAGGACUCUGCCUGCUGGAUGCUGCACAGAUCGUGGCUAGUAUCAGGCAGUGACUCCCUGCCAGCCAUAGCCAAGGCCAUCCGUCCUCCGUCCACUCUCAGACGAGAGAAGAGAGAAGACGAACCACUCUAUGACAGCGCUGCUGGUCUUUUGCCACAGCAGAACAACGUGGAGGAGCUGUAUGCCAAGGUGCAGAAGCCGCGAGACAGGAAGAAGGCAAACAAGGAUUCAUCAUCGGCAGGCAAGGAGAUGAUGGUGAAUGGCAGCAACCACACCGUGGAGGACAGCAGCCCACCCCCUCUUCCUGUCUCUGGCCCACGGAGACUGUUCAUACUGAGACAUGCAGAGAGGGUGGACGUGACAUUUGGGAAGCAGUGGAUCCAAUUGUCCUUUGACCCUGACGGCUACUACCAUCGUCGGAACCUAAACAUGCCAAAAGAGGUCCCACAGAGGAAAGGCGGACCGAACGAUUUCCUCAAGGAUGCUCCUGUGACAGAGGUGGGGCUGUUCCAGGCACGACUGACGGGGGAAGGCAUGCGGGACCAGGGGAUCAGGAUCUCACACGUCUUUUCCUCGCCAGCGCUCCGCUGCGUCCAGACCGCUCACGCCAUACUCCAGGGGCUCGGGGAACCGGGGGCGAAGAUUCGGAUCGAAAACGGACUUUUUGAGUGGCUCGCGUGGUGCCAGGGGGGAUUCCCUACGUUUAUGACCCCCAACGACUUCCUGAAGAACGGGUUACAGGUUGACCCCACGUACCUCUCGCAGGUGGCACUCAAUGACCUCAAGCCAAAGGAAACCCACCUUGAGUUCUACAAGCGGAUGUACAACAUCACACGACUCAUCCUCAAGACGCUCGGGCAGAGCAGCGGGAACGUGAUGUUUGUGGGUCACGCGGCGUCGCUGGAGGCGUGCACACGGCAGCUGGUUGGGGCCCAGCCUCGCUCAGCCCAGGAGCUCACCAAGAUGGUGCAGAAGAUCCCCUACCUCGGGAUGUGCGUGGCACAGGAGAGCGAGUACGGGAAGAACAGCACUUGGGACUUUAUUGAUCCACCGAUCCCUCCACUCACACAUGCCCCCAACAUCCGCUUCGAUUGGCGGUGCCUUCAAUGACCCCCGCUUUAUAGAAUCCAUCACUUUCUCUCACUACCGCUCCUGGUGUUAUGGUAUACCCUACUAAUCAUAUUAUUUUUUGAAUCCUGUCUCCAACAAUCCUAUUAUGCAACAAGUAUUCUCUGCUACCACUGUAUAGUCCUCUCUGCUCUCUUUCACUUCAUCAUCCUUUGCUCUAGAACUGUUAUCGCUGUGCGAUUCUUGCAUGUGAUUCAAACCUCUUUACCAUAGUUGAUUUGUAACUUCAUCACACCUCUAACUCUAAUAAUGUGUAUACGCCAUGUGUCGUUUCGCAUAAUUAUUGUGUAUAGUAUGAAUAUACAUAUUGUAUGCUUCUGUAUUCCAAUGGGCACACCAUUUACCCUAUCACUAUAGUUUAGUGUUUGUUUUGCUGCACUAAACCUGCAAGGCACGUCCUUAUUGGUCACCGGGUGGUGUGGUAGUGGUAUCUUUGUCUGUGGUCUGUGGCGUAGUAUUGGUUUGUGCACCUGUGGUAGCAUCAAUGGUCUCUUCGUCAGUGGUAUCCCCACCAGUGGCUAGUGGCACAGCAGUGGUAUCAGUGGUCUCUUUGUCAGUGGUUUGUGGUGUGGUAGUGGUGUCCCCACCAGUGGCUAGUGGCACACCAGUGGUAUCUGCAUCGGUAGUCGUAUCCCUGUCGCUGGUCGUGGUCUCUUUGUCUGUAGUCUUUGGUUCGGUGGUGGUUUCAAAAUCAGUAGUAGUUAGGCCAUUGGUUGUUAACGGUAUGGUAGUGGUAGCAUGUUCGAGUUUUUGGCUUGUGGAGUCUGCAGUGCUAACCAUGCCAUCAUUGGUAGCUGGUGGCCUAGCAGUGGUACCUAGUGGUGCAUUGGUGGCACCCUCACUGGGUGGGGGUGGGGGUGGGGGUCCACUGGUGGUACUCUGAGCUGCAAUAUCAGUACAAACAGUUGAGUG